AUGAAGAAAAGGGCAGAGCUCCAACAACACGAGCCCCAAGACUUGGAAGUUUUGAAAGCCGUUGCACAGGCCUGGUACAGCCACUCCGGCACUUCCAAGUCCAUGAGCGAAUUUGACGCUCAUCGUAGAAAUUUCAGAGGCAAGCCUUCGAGGUUUAAGCUCGAAGCUUUGAACAAGCCACCAGCUUCUUCUCAAAACACUUAUUGGGACUUUCAGCACUCACUUUGGGACUCCUAUGAGCUUGUCACAGUGUCCAGAAGGAUAGAAACAGGGCUCACUUUAGAUAACCCUUUUCAUGACUUAUGUGGUUCCACUCCAAUCCAACGCAAGCGCAAGCCUGAGAGUAAGAAUAGCCUCAGGAAUCUAUUCAAUUUUAUGUCUUCUAGGCGGUUUAAUGCCCCCAAUAUUCCACACCAUGAUGAUACAUGA